AUGACAACGAAUGACAACAGCGAACAAGUGACACUGCAACGCCGUCUCGACGAGCUACAAGCUUUAGCAACACAGUUGAAAAAUGACCGUACACGAAUGCAAAACGAACAUGACCAACACACACAAGCAAUUCAACAACUUUUGACUGAUCGCGACGUGUCAACUCGAGAAUACCUAGAAGCGCAAACAGGUGUAGAUACCAUCCAAGCGCAAGUAGAAGAGCUUCAAGAACAAAAGCAACAGCUCAACACCCAGCUGGAGUCAAAUGUCAAUGAACGAAAACGGAAUCAGAGUGAUCUCAUUCAGCUUGAACUGAAUCUUGACGAGGUGGGCGAAAGACACAACUCGUUAAUGAAGAGAUCUGAAUGGCUUCGAGCACGUCAGAGCGACAUGAAGUGCAAAGUGUGUGGGAAACGUACUGUGGAGUUUGCUCUUUUACCGUGUUUUCAUUAUUGUUACUGUCAAUCAUGUGCCGUAGAACUGACAGUAUGCAUCAUUUGUAAAGUAUCCAAGCAAGGCGUUCAAAAGAUCUACUAUGGCUAA